AUGAGCCAUUCGUCGAGAUACCGGUCAGACUCCCCAGGGAGCAAGCGUCUUUACGAUCCACUGCGGGCCUCGACCGGAACAGUGCCGACCGACCUCUACGCCUCACCCACCAGCUACUAUGGCCACGAGGGUAUGUUGUCUGCCAAAACAGCUGAGCGACGAGGCGGCUUUUUCAGCGCCGAUGCACGAGAUCAUGUCGACGUCAAACCGAUAUCGAAAACCGCCUACCGAGACGGCGGCCAUUCAACGAAAACGAGAACUGAAUAUGCCGUACGUCCGCGCAGCCAAACAAUUGCCGACUCGAGACGCGAGCCACUCAGUCUAGUGAUCCCACAAACGCCAACCAGGUCUAGUCAAGUACCAGCAUCCGCAUACGAAAGGACAAUCAGCCCAUUGCCGCCUCGCGCUCCCUACAGCCGUGAAGACCCCGAACGAUACACAGCACCACCUAGCCGCUCGCAUAGGCGCCCCUAUGGCUCCGACUAUCCCAGCGAUACUGGCUACUUGGAGCCUCACGAUCGAUCCAGAAAGCAUCGGGAUCGUGGGUAUCGGGUUUAUAGACCUGGUGGGGUUUCGCACUAUCCGGCCUAUGGAGAUCCCCGGAAAUGGGACGAUUCUAGAUAUUACGACGCUUACUCUUACACAAAUGCACGUGAGACGUUUGAAAAGGAAUCAGCUGCACGAAGCUCGCAGCGGACGUCCCGUCGUACUGGACGGCCAUUGAGUAUGACCGCUACCGAAAUGGCACCUGGUCAGUCUUCUUACGCGAGAGAUUCUCGAGGACCACCUCCAUCUCAACGUGGGUUUGACCGGCUUCCGGGCGGAGACCGGCUACGAAUCACCAGUGGCCGAGAAUACUCUGACAGUGAUGCCAAUCGAGAUCCCCGCAGACAUCCCUACCAGCGGGGCUCGGUACUCCAUCAGGAUCGGGAGGAUGGCUACUACUCGGUCACGGACGACCCGAAGGAGUCUCGCAAUCAUCGUCACCGCUCUCGACACAGAGGGUCCCUCAAACAAGCGGGGGAGCUUCUUGCGCCCGUCCUGAGUGGAUUGGCUACUCUGGGGUUGGCCAGUGGAUAUUCGGACGACGGACGCUCGGAUAAGUACCGGUCUCGUGAUUCGGAGCAUGGCCGUAGUGAUCGCAACAAGGACUAUGAUCGUGAUCAUAGGGAUGGAGAGCGCGAGAAGGUUUUGUCAGAUGAUCGUCGUCUCCGAGAGCGAUCUCAGCGGCGAGACGAUUCAUCUGCUUCAGAAACCGAAUCACGAACACGGCGUCGUGACAAGUCUUCAGCACGGCGACACCAUAGCUCCAGUGACUCGGACUCGGGCCGGGGCUCCCAUCAACGCAGCAGGGCCAAUUCUUCAAGACAUCGAAGCAAACCCAAGGACGAAAGCUCUGAAAUAUCUACCAAACGGGCGUUGGUAGAAAAUGGGAGUGAAGAUCGACCACGCAAGCCGGUAACGGUCGAGCCACCAAUGGCAAAGGAACCCGAAGCACCGCCGAAGAGUAUUCUCAAAGCACCGCGGGAAAAGUUUCCAGAGGACGAUAACCCGAUUCGCGAAGGCGUAGCUCCUCUCAAAGAUGCACAUAAACAAGGCAUCCCGCCGGGGGCGCGGUGGACGAAGAUCGAUCGACGACUGGUGAAUCCAGCAGCACUUAACCUAGGACAUGAAAGAUUUGAAGAGCGGUCGGACUAUGUGAUUGUGCUACGAGUAUUGACGAAGGAGGAAAUCCAAGCCUAUGCAGUCAAGACCCAGGAGAUUCGAGAUGAACGCUACAAAGAAGCCAAGGAAGAGCGCCGCCGAGUACGCGAGGAGAGACGACGCAACGGCGAGAACAACGACAGCUCCUCGUCAGAUGACGAAGACGAAGACGACGAGGAGCGCGCGCCGCUGGCCAUCGAGGCGCCGCCAGAGAAGGACGAUUUCCCGGUGUCUCGCGACAAGGGGCGGGUUGCCAAUGAUAUGGUUAAUGAAGCUAUGAAAGUGAGAUGA